AUGUCUACUGAGAAGGAGAGCCUCACGCUGGUGCUAAAGAAAGCAGUUGCUUUGGCAGAGGGAUUGGAACAGAAGUCUGGUGUACGAUCAAGUAUCAAUCAACAGGUAGCUGAGCAAAUACGGGAGAAUAAGAAUCUAAAAGAGCAGCUAGCUGUGGAGAAGUCAAAGAAUGAAGAACUAGUGAGAAGGUUGAAGCUUGAAGAAAGGAAAAACCAAGAUUACAACAGAUUGAAUGUCAAGUAUAACCAAACCAUAAAGGAGAAAGAACAACUUGAAAUAGAGCUAGAAAAACUAAAAUAUAAGAAACGCACACCAUUAUCACCGUCCAAUAAUGCAAAUACAGACAACCCAGGGAUACUCGGUAUGCUGAAACAAACAACCAAACCAAAGCAGAGUACAAAAAAGCCUGAAUCAAUCUAUAUUGAUAAAGAAAACCAACAACCUCUUCCAAAGAAACCCACUACUAAUAUUUCUUUUUCAAGUUCUCAAAAUCAAGAUCGCACGUAUGAAAGCUCAGAUCUAGCUCCCACCCAAUUUACCAUGGAUGGUGAUGAGCUCGAAACCCACAAACCUACAUAUCAAAAACCUCGUUACCAACAUUAUGAAACUUUUGACGCGAAAGACAACAUACCUAUUAUGGAGGAUUCAAUUGACUUAAGGGUGCCAGCGAUCGAAAUACCACCAUCAUCACCAACUGUCAAGUCUGAAGCGGUUUCGCAAGACCUUGAAGAGGUUCACUCAUCCCCAAUAGUGACAAGAAAUCCAAUUAAAGUUAAAAAAGAAGAAACUGAUUCGUUAGAAAUAGUUGAUUCACAAGAUGGAAGUGAUGAUUUGAAUGCCCAUUUCCCAACACCAAAAACUGCCACUAAGUUUCAAACACCUUUCAACAUACCCAAGAGUUUUGAUAUGAAGAAAUCUUUACUACACACUCCAGAUGAUUUAACACCUAUGAAGAAGACAAAGAAGUCUAAGACAAUGAAAUCCUCAAUAACAUCCUCAUCAACAAAAAAAUAUGACUUUACAAAUAAUCCCAAGGAGAAUAGAGAAUGGAUAUAUGAAGAUUUUAAAAUUGAUCCAUCCAAAAAUGAUAAUUAUGAUUAUGCAUAUGAUGCAGUACUUCGAGGUGCAGAGAGAAGAUGUCAACAUGGAAAAUCUUGUAAGAAUUGUGAAAAUUUUUAUAAAAUUGCUAAAGGUGAUCAAAUAAAACCAGGAUUUGCUGGACUUCAAUGGAAUGCAGAAUCUUCAAAAUUAAAUGGUAACCAAACCAUUAUUUCGAAAAGUUCAAGACAUCGAACAAUUUGGGAUAGAGAAGCUUCACCACCAGGAUUUGGUGAUUUUGAUUUCCCAAAUACACAACAACAAAAAGAGAAUAAAGAGAAAAGUUUAAAGAUUAGAAGAAAUAAGGCAUAUAAAAGAUUGUUUUCAGCUUUGAAUAAUGGGAAAUACUUGUUCAAAGAUAACGCAUACAACGAAGCAUUGAAGAACAAUGAUUAUUCAAUAGAUGAGUCAGUCUUUAACAAAUACAUAACGGAUCCUUAAGGAAUAACUAGUCUACAAUUGCAUUGCUAUAGAUUGAACAAAGUAUAAAUGUAUUAAUAUAUAAUAAUAUUUAGAUAAACUAUAUGUGAAAAAAAGGUUCAUUAAUAUAAAUAGUGUUUCUAGUUGUAAUAUAAAAGUAUUAAAUCACAAGUAUCAUUAAGUCAUAAAAUCAUUAUCACAGGAUUGAAUAAAAACAUGUAAAGCAAACAUAGAAAAAAAAAAUAAAGUAACAAAAACAUAAAAGCAAUUGAGUAACAGAAACACUUAUAGCACGCAUCACAAUCAAUUAUCACCC